AUGUAUGACAAGUCAACAGAUAACAUUUGUGAUAGAUUGAUUUUAUUUCCAACCCUUAAUUGGCUAAUAUACGCGAUCCAUGGAUCAAUUUAUAUGAUAAGUUCAAACAAUUCUGGUGACCUGAUUAACGCUGGUUGCUCAAAUCCUGGAUAUCUGGUAACAGCACUUACUCCGCAGAUUAAAUUACGAAAAAUAUGUUACGAUUUUAAUGGCUCGCUGUUACUUGAUGAGUAUAAAAAUUCAUACGUUUACAUACACUAUUUCAAUGAUAUCAAUAAUGGCAACAACAACAACAACAACAACAACAAAAAGUCACAUCAAAGUUUAAAUAAUCAUAGGCAUUUAACACUGCUGGAUGCCCUGAAUUUUUGCUUAGCCAACCAAAUGUUAGCAUUUGAUGCUAGCAUUUACACAUAUGAUAGACAAGAGCAUGAACAGCAACAGCCAGCAACACAAGAAAACCAAAUAUUAGAACAACAGAAAGAAAAAAAGAAAAUACAGGAACAUACUCAAUACAAGGGUAAAAAAAUAUUUGUUGAAGUGAAGCAACACAGAGCAACCAAUGUAACCCAAAGUCACAGUUUAUUGAAUAGUAGGCAAAAUCUGGCACAAAAGUUUAAUUUUAGUUUACAUCAAAUAGAAAGAUUUAUUGAGACUCAUAAAAACAAGCGAGCUACAAAUGCCCAAACCCAGUAG